AUGUAUCAGAUGCUGCUGUUCAAGACUCUUAGCCCUAUUCAACACAGAACUCUUUUUAUCUCUGUCACCAAGCCUACUCAACCGAAUCCGAACUCUGAGGUAGUAAAUCAACUGAACAAUUCUGCCCCCGGCUAUGAUGGCAUCACAGCACCAAUAAUUAAUUCCACUUUGCCUGCCAUUUCCCGUCCCCUGCUCCACUUGUGUAACACUUCACUUACUAAAGGCAUAUACCCAGAUAAACUCAAGACAGCAAAGGUUACUCAAGUUCACAAAUCAGGUUGCAAAACCAAUAUUCAUAACUACAGAUCAGUAUCAGUUAUGCUCGUAAUAAGUAAAAUUCUGGAAAAAAUCAUUUAUAUCAGAUUGGAAAAUUAUCUCACACGCAACAGUAUUCUGUCAGAUUGCCAAUUUGGGUUUAUAAGGAAUAUAUCAACAGGAAUGGCUGUUAUGUCUUUGACAAACCAUAUCUACAAGACCUUUGAUACUAACGAAUUCACUAUUGCUGUAUCUCUAGAUUUAUCUAAGGCCUCAGAUAUUGAUAAUCCCCCAAUUCUGCUCUCAAAACUCUCUCAUUAUGGUGUCAGGGGCUCUGCUAACCGCCUGGUUCAUUCAUAUAUGUCAAACAGAAAUCAAUUUGUUUCAUCUAUAAUGGAUCCAACUCGGAUUGCUCUCCAUUAUCUAUGGUGUACCUUAAGAGACACUUUUAGGGCCUCUACUUUUACUGAUCGACACCAAUGA